AUGCGGGCGUUCGUCAAGUCAGAAGCGCACUCGAAAGAGCAGCAGAAGCACAUUGCGAUCCAGCAAGUCCCUCCUAGAGGCGGAGUGAGACGGACGAGGUCAUCCCUCGACUUCGCCCUUCGCCUCAUCCUCGUCCGGCAUCACACUGCCCCGCCUGCUCUGGAGAUGAGCUCCCUGUUAUACACGCUGCGAGACAAGCUCGCCGACCCCGCCAUCCCUUGGCGCAGCGUCAUCCUCGCGGUUGUCGUGUCGGUCGAGUUGUGGGAGAGUUGGGUCGCACAAGCUGACGAGACUCUCUGCAGCGGCCGCCAGCUACCUUACCUCUCCCCGAUUCUUCACCCUCGCAUCCCCUCCGUCCUCGCACCCUACCUCCCCUCCGACUCGCAAGAAACCUACCAGAAAUCGCAAGCCUACGCCCGCGACAAGCUUAACUUUGCCUCAGUAUUGAGCUUUGUCGACGUGCUUGAGACCCUCGUCCUUUUGGGCGGAACUGCGGCGCCUGUCCUCGCCUAUCUCGGCUUCAACGCUGGCGGGUCCGGAUGGUCGCUCCUCAAGGGCUUGUGGGAUGUGUCGGAGAGGCUGCCAUUCGCGAGGCGCGGCGAGAUCUGGCACAGCUGCGCCUUCCUCGUGUUGACGACGGUCAUCUCGACUGUCCUGUCCAUCCCGAAGGAGUACUACCGCAACUUUGUCCUUGAAGAGAAGCAUGGCUUCAACAAGAUGACCCGCUCAAUUUUCGUCAAGGACCAGGUCAAAGGCCUCGCGGUCUCGCUUGUUAUUACUACGCCUCUCGUCGCUGGAAUCAUCAAGAUCAUUCACUGGGCUGGGCAGGACGCCAUCUUGCGCAUCGUCGCCUGGGCAAUCGUCUUCAUCUUCGUCUUUCAGAUCUUCAUGCUCGUCGUGUACCCCUACGCCAUCAUGCCCCUCUUCAACAAGUUUACGCCGCUUCCGACUGAUUCGCCGUUCUGCGCGCCGAUCAAGGAGCUCGCCGACAAGCUCAGCUUCUCGCUCAGCAAGAUUUGGGUCAUCGACGGCUCGAUCCGCAGCUCGCACAGCAACGCCUUCUUCAUGGGCGUGCCGGGUCUGCCGAAGCACAUCGUUCUCUACGACACGCUGCUCGAGCGCUCGAGUCCUGCCGAGGUCGAGGCGAUUCUCGCGCACGAGCUCGGUCACUGGAAGGGCAUGCACAUCGUCUACCUCCUCUUCACCUCGCUCGUCCAGGUCGCCUUCUCCCUCGCAACCUUCACCCUCUUCCUCACGAACCGCCCUCUCCUCUCAGCCUUCGGGUUCCACUCGUACACUCCCGCCUACUCGACUGAAGCGCUUCCGGAAAAGUUCACGCACCUCCUUCCGCCUUCGAGCGGGCCGACCAUUCUCGCCCUCAUGCUCGCCUCGAUGCUCUUCUCUCCUCUCUCCUCCGUCCUCAAGUUCGUCUCGAACUUCAUCUCCCGCCAACUCGAGUACGACGCCGACGCCUUCGCCGCGAAACUCGGCGACUCGUAUGCCAAGAACCUCAAGAAGGGACUCGUCUCGAUUCACGAGAAGAACCUGGCGCUCUACGACGUCGACCCGCUCUACUCGGCAUACAACUACACGCACCCGACGCUCGUCGAACGUCUCGGUGCGCUCGACGCCAAGCUUGGCGCGAAGGCGGGCAAGGCGGAGUGA